UAUAGACUAAAGAGCGUGCAAUUUCUGACCGUUCAUUCACAUUCGCAGGACGUGAAGCAGCGUGAUCUGACGUGAGCAGAGCAGAAUUGUCGUUUUCAGAUAUGGUGAGCGUAUGGCAUUCAACGCCUACUCACAAAUCUUCCUCAAACAGCUUGAUUGAAAAUCUUGGCGUUCUUGUCCAGCUGAUUUCAUUUUAAAAAAGAGAUAAGGUUGCUAUUUAGAGAGCUGUAAAAUUUUUCCUUUUUCGGUGCUUUGUACAUAGAACAAUAUUGCAGAGUUUAUAUAUUAUAAUAAUAUUUUAUUUUAAAGCCUAUUUAUAUUCGUUUAGCAAUAAUAUCUCAUAAGGUUAGAAGACACCUUGGAUGCGCAGUGGCCAAUCCUGGACUCCUGGGAUCCCAUAUGUAAAACACAUCCAAACACACUGUAAAAAACAUUAAUAAAUGUGUUUUCUAAACAGCUAUACGCAGGAAAAAGGAUGAGCGUACUCACAACGACACUAGCUGGCCGCGUCUCAAUGCCCGAGCAAAGCAACGACUACCGCGUAGUGGUGUUCGGGGCCGGCGGAGUUGGAAAAAGUUCUCUCGUCUUACGAUUCGUCAAGGGGACCUUUAGGGAAUCGUACAUUCCCACCAUUGAAGACACAUAUCGGCAGGUGAUCAGCUGCAACAAGAACAUCUGCACCUUGCAGAUCACCGACACAACGGGUAGUCAUCAGUUCCCUGCAAUGCAGCGGCUGAAUAUCUCCAAAGGCCACGCCUUCAUCCUCGUCUACUCUGUCACCUCGUCCCAAUCCUUGGAAGAACUUCGUCCUAUUUUCGAGGUCAUCAAAGAGGUGAAGGGAGGCGACAUGGAAGGCAUCCCCAUCAUGCUCGUCGGCAACAAGUGCGACGAGACGGAAGCGAGGGAGUUGCAAACCUCCAUCGGCCAAGACCAGGCGAAGAAGUGGAACUGCGGAUUCAUGGAGACAUCGGCGAAGACCAACUUAAAUGUGAAAGAGCUCUUUCAGGAACUGCUCAACAUGGAGAAGAGACGGAAUGUCAGCCUCAACAUGGACACGAGCAAAAAGAGGUCCCAACUAAGGAAGGAAAAAUUGAAGGGCAAAUGCUCGCUCAUGUGAAUGAACGGGUGGGAUUUAUCCUUCGAUGACAAAAAAAAAAUGGCAGAUCGAAUUAUUUUUUGAAAAAACUUGAAGAAUAUCCCCUUAUCCUUCGGAAUGUCAGUUAACUAAACAUCAAUUUAAAAAAUCAAUUCUUAUUUUUAACAUUAUAUAUUCUAUUUCCCAAACCAAACUCUACAUCAAUUCUGAGUUACAUUUAAAAAAUCAAAUCAUACAGGUUUUAUACAUAAUUCCAUUAAGAUUUUUGGCUGUUUUACCAUUGUAUCAAUUCUCGAUUAAAUAAUUUCAUACCAUUCCUUUCACAUAUUUCUCAAAGAUUAGUUUUGAAAAUAGUUUGGUCUGUCAUUUUUUUUAAAUUCAGAUAAACUUUAAAAUAUUUAAGAUAAUGUGGAAGUCUAAUAAUUAUGAUUUGUAUUUUCCACUGUGUGUCUGUUAAUAUAAGAUAUAUUUAGUUGUACAUGACUAUAAAGUCAAAAGAAAAGAUCAAACAUAAGGAGAUUACUCAUUAUCAUUACAUUAUUAUAAUUUGAUAUUAGAUGCAUGGAAUUAUAUAUUUUUUCUGCUAGUAGCAUGGUAUUCGAAAUAUUUUAUUUCCAAAGAUAGUAACCAUUGCCUUUGCAGGUAGACAUUUUCUGUUUAACAACCACAUGUCGAAAGAUAUUUUGAAUAUUGUAACCGUAUGCUAUAACUGCUGUUAUGAAAGUAAGAGUUUGGUAUAUUUGCUUGGAAGAUGAUUUUUCCGUUGAAGAUUGAUUGAUAUUUUGAAAUAUCGAUGUAGUAAUUAUUAUUUUGCAUCGCAUUUGGAUGUUUUCCAAGAAAGACGUAAAGAUAGUUGGGCUCUGGAGGAUUUUUGCUUUUGCGGUUUAACAUCUAUAACUAAGACCAAUGGCGGCUUAGAAUUGUUUUACCAACAUGCAGAUUCUUCUUUUUAUGACGAAGGCCUCGAAAUUACUCUGGAACUUAAGUAACUGUUUUGUAUUUAAAAAAAAGUGAAGCCUUGUCGAUGCAAAGGCUGACAUUAAGAGGAAGGAUUUAAAGUAAUCGAACGCCAAAAGAACAAAAUGGCUGAUAGUUUUUCACAACAAAAUGUGAUUUUAUAUAAAUAUUUCCGAUUCAGAGUUUGAAAGCAUUCAUUUUAGAUCAUAGAAUUUUAUUUUCAAUUUCUGAAUUCAUAUAUUCAUCACCCUUUCUGAAGUAGUAAAAGCGAAUUUUUACUGCAUUCUGCUAAUGGUGUAGGAGCUUAGCCAUUUACUAGGAAGCGUGGAACAGUUUACGUACAUACGGGAGAUCUCAUUCUUUACUCACGUAAGAAGCACGAACAAAUUCAUAAAUAAAACAAAUGGUACAAGUAAAUUUUUCCUGAACUUUCCAAGAAUACGUGAAUGUUUAAUUAAUGUUUAUGCCUUUACAAAAUCAUUUCACUCUUUCCUUCUUGCUGAAGUAAUUGCACCUAAUUAUGGGGUGUUCCUAAUAAAAUGUAUACAAAAUUUGAAAAAUUGUAUAUCAAAGCUUCAUAACUCAAACUAAUUAAAACAUUAAUUGUUCUCCAAACUAUUGUAUUAACUAAUUUACAUCUUAAAUUAUUUAACACAUUGAUAAAUAAUUAAUAUCAUGAAUUAAUCGAUUGCCUAUUUAAAUUUCUACUGUAUUAGGGCGAAGAUUGAAUAAAGAUUUUCCUCUAUAUUAUCGAAGUCUUACUCCAAUGUAUUUUGUAUUUAAGUAUACAUCAAAACCACAGCUUAAAAUUCAAUUUUAGCAACAAAGAAAAUUUAAUGAUACAUUGCAGAAGAAUAUACUAACAUACCAAUUGUUAUAUUUAGAAAUGUAUGUAAUUUUAUCCGUUUAUGUUAUCAUCAACGGCUAGAUAACACUUCGAGCUCUUCCGAAAUUCUACAGUAGUAUUCAAUAGUAUAAUGAUGAAACUUUGAUAUAUGUUGACCAUUUAUUGCGUAAUUUAUUAUCAGUUGUGUAUACAUUUCUAGGAUACCCUGUACUUUACCAUAAAAUCGUACAGCAAUAAAAAUUUACAUUUUUAUAAAUUUUUAAAUAAUUUCGGAGUGAUAUGUAAUUAUAUAAGUAGAUUUGAUUCAAUAUGAACUUGCUUUAUUCAGAUCUCUGCAUCAUCUUCUUCUUUAUUCAAAUUUUUAAAAUCAUCUGGUUGGGUCUAUACGCAUUAUAAUUAUCUUAUUAAAAGAUUUAUAACUACCUAAAUUGCAUAAACAGAACAAUUAAAAGGCAUCAUUACAGCUUUUCAACAUAUUUAUAGACAUGGCAGAAAAAAGUAUUAGAUUUUGUAAAUCAUUCCAAAUUCUAAUGUAAAUUAUGGUUGGUCUUAUUGGUAGUUUUUCCAAUCUGGUCUGGUAUAAAUUAUUUUUCCUCCUUAUCAAAAACUAACUCAGUACUCAAGUCAUAAAUAAUGUUCUCUUUUACGUUUGAUCCAAACAGGGUAACGUAUGCAAAUCUCUUGCAUUUGCAAGAGCAAUAUUUCCUGAAGAAAAGCGUGAUAUAAAUGGGCUGAACUCCACUUGAUGGACCCAUUCAUAUCGCCAAGGAUGCCAAUAGUGCCAAUUCACCAGAAUUGCAAGUGUAUAAAUCAACAAGGCAAAAUGUUAGAAAACAAAUCAUUGACAGAGUUGCUAGAAGAACUGCUCCGCCUGUUUGUUUGAAUUACCAUAUUGAUGCUUAAUGCAGAAGGCACAUUAAAAUAGAUUUCAAUCAAGAAAUAGAGCUAGUAGUGAGCUAUGCUUCUUAGUAAUCAGCGCAAAACUUUAAAUUAUAAUUUGGUUUAUUACUGUCACUUAAAGUUUAAAACAUCAAAAUAUGUGAUUUAAAAAAAUAGAUUUUAUGACCCAGCAAUAUGUAUUGGCUGUUAUCAAAUGAUAAAAUAGCUUUAAUUCAGAAUAGAAUGCUUAUUCUCGCCAAAUAUUAAUGCAUAAUCAAUUCAGAUUUUAUUAUUUCAAUUUCCCAGAUUUAUCUUCUAUUACAAGGUCUUCUGAAGGCUUACCUAGAAUGUAGCCAUUUCAUGUGAUAUUACCAUCAUAUGAUCAUCAUAACUAUGUAUAAAAUUUAAUUCCAUGCUGUCUUACUCUAUUCUAAAAAAAAAUUAUUUAUUUUUCCUUCUACAAAAUGUCUUGUAGAUUCCAAAAUAUAACUCGGCAUCACGGAAAUAUGAAUUGACUCUAUUUUUGAAUCAAAUUAAACAGUCAUACCAAAAUCUCAAAGUAUAUAUCUUUCUUUAGGGAAAAACAGAUCUAUAAGGCAGAUUUCUGCUGCCUUUCCUUCUAUCUCCGUGAAAUGGAAAACCAACCACCAUUCUAAGGAAAAUCUACCAUCAAUAUAAAUACCUUUUAGAAUCAAAUGUAUAUCAAAAUCUUAGACUUUGUUUUUGCCAUGCGAUAAAAAUUCAAAUAGCAAUCUCCCAAAAUUGGGAGAUAUAAAACUUGAUUCCCGUUUCCAUUGUGUACAAAAUAAUCGAUUGUUUUAGCAUAGCAGGAGAAAAAACGUGUACACUCACGAUAGCAUUCGUCCCAUAUAGAUGAGAAAUUUCAAUUUCUCACUUCUGUUGAUUAUCACUGACCAAGUGUAUAAACUUGCUUCACAUAUCGAGACUUGUUGAGUUGGUAUACAGGGAAGUCGAUUAAGAAUGAUAAUUUACUAUAAUGCCUAUAUUAAAAUGUUUUGCAAAUGUUAAUAAAUACUAUAUAUAAGCAUGUUCGUAUGUUAUACAAAUACUCUGUGUUACGCCUAAUGGUUAGUCUACAGUGACAGCUCGUACAUAAUAGGUAAAUAAGAAAUAGACUUGUAAAUAUGUCUAAUAUUGUUUUUCAACAUGAUAUCAACGAUUAUUUACGAAGAUGAAAGGCAGUUGAUAUUGCCAAAGCAAUACAUUUACACAUAACUCCUAUUUUCUUUAUUUCAUUGUUUGAUUUCUGCCUUAUAUUACACGUAUAGUAUGGCCACACUUUCAGAAUCUCAUUUGAAGCUAUCCAUAAGAUGGGCAUAUCACAAUAACGUGAGAAACCUAAUAUUCACGAAAGUUAAUCAGAGUUAUCGUUUGCUAUCUAGUGCAACAAUGCUAUGGCAGUGGAGACAACUCACGAAACAUGAUUGCCACAUGACAAACUGAACAUUGUGAUAAUUGUACCGUGCAGUGACAGCAUAUAUUUUUCUUCUCUUGAAAGAUGCCAGAAUUUCUAAAAUCUAGUAUCAAAUCGGAAGUAUGUCAUGUGGUCAUAAACUGACUCCUUAGUACUGAAUUGACUCUAAAGAUUGCAGUUCUGAUUUACCGCAUGGAUUGCUAAUAGCAAGAUUCUUGCUGUUGCAGCACUGAGAAAAAUGUUUCUCCAAAUAACGUCUCGUAAAAGACGAAUGAGAACAUGAUUCCAGGCUCAAUUUCUUUCUCAAACAUUUUCUGAUUGCUGACAUAUUUGCUUUGAAUGUCCAUUUGAAUAGUUGUACAAUGCCCGCUUCUGCGAAGAUUGCUGAUUUUGUGGCCGUACUAUUAAAGGCAUUGAUGCUGCGGCGUAAGAGUGCCUGCUAUUGUUUCUUUUGUGCAUAGAAAUUGUAAAUACGUGCAAUGGUGCAUUUCUAUUUUCUUCGCACAACUCACGGAAAAUGAAUUGUGUUCAGCUGCAAUGUAGUAUUUGCAUCUUGAUUAGCACGCAGUAUUAUAUAUAUCUAUAUAUAAUGGUUUGAAACAUAAACUCAUUUUAGUGGGCAAUGAGAUGUACAUUUGUUGAACGAAUUCAAUUGUAGUAACUAAUGCGCAAAUUUUGGUCCAACUCUCACCUCAAAUAGAAAAUUUUCUUAACUCCUUAAGGGUAAUCUUGAGCCCUGGAGAAUCUUAAUGCUAUCUGAAAAUGCAUUAGCGUAUAUGAAGCUAAAGCUAUUGCUGCAAAAAAUUUACUUAUAAACAUAUGGUUGAUGCUUUAAAGCUUAUGCCAGCUUCAUAGAACAUAAAUGAACCAUUUUAAAACUUAUGAAGAUUCAUACAUGCUCAUUUCGGUAAUUAAAAUAUAUAACAAGCAAUAUAUCCAAAAAAGUUCUAAUUGAUAGGGAGAUUUUGCAAAGUGCCAAAUAUGGCCACAUGUGGCCAUAAUUUAUACUUGCACAGGAUAUUUUUAAACACAUUCGCUUACUAAAAAUCAUACUAUAAAUACGUUUCAAGAAAAAAAAACUUUCUAAUGUUACUUUUGGAGAAUUUGAAAACUUACCCCAUUAAAAGUUGGAUAUCGUGCUCAAAAUACUAUUUUCAAUUUUGCUUUGGCAACAGUUCUUGAUCCUCCUGGUGAUCGUCGGCCAGAAUGGAGCAUAUAACUGCAAUUUGACUGACUGGUCGUAUAUGCAUAUUAAAAGUGAGGUCUAGUUCCACAUUUAUCUCUAAUAAAGUUUAAAUUAUCUAACAACGUGUUCCAAUUAGGAAUUUUAUUCUUCAUUUAUUUAUUUAUUUUUAACUCUCAACAGGCUUCAAGCAAAGGGAUGUAGCAAGUAUUCAAAUGCCUUACGGUAAAAAAGAUGUAAAUUAGGCAUUUAUACAUUGUUAUUGUAAAGAAUUGUAUAUUCUUUACAAUCAUUUUGAAAAUUCUUUCAAAUAUUCAUGUGCAAGAAUAAAUUAAUUUAAAAAUACAAAAUUUUGCAUUUUUAAAAAUUAUUUUUCAUUAGUCAACUAAAAUUACUUUUUAACCAUAUCGUUGUAUGAAUUUUGUAAAAAUACAAAUUGUUACAUUUUUUUUAAUUAUUUUUACCAAUCAACUAAAAUUAUUUUUUGACUAUAUCGUUGUGCAUUUUUUUGAUAAUUUCUAAUCAAUCAGCAAAAUUGCUAUUAGCGCAUAUCAUUGUAUAGAUAUUUUGCAACAUCAUCUACAACAGGAAAGAAAUAUAGAACAAUUCUAUAUUUAAAAACUUUAAAGAUUCAUUGAAAUCUAUGCGAAGAUUCAUUUAAUACCUCACAUACAAUAUUACUGUACCGUGUAAUCAAACCACCACUGAAAGUAGAACUUAUUCAGGUGAAUUCUUACUGCGCUAAUGUCAGUUAAUUUAAGAGCUUUUUCCAGAACGCACAUCAAAAAUUUAAUGGCCUACACUCAGAAAACCAGCUAGCAUUGCGCAUGUGCGAGUUUCUGUUGAUUGCUAAUAACCAAUAGAAUGAUUACCAAUGUUUCAAUUUCUAGAAUAUGAACUACUCUGAAUAAGAUUACACUUAAUAUCAAUGUCCUUCAAUAUAACUUAGUUUGCAAUCAGAAAUUUUUAAAAACUACUGUAAGCUAAUCUAAACUGAAGUCUACUUUAAAGUACCCUUUCACAUUACCAACAAUGCCAAGUCGCCAAAUUCAAAAAAUCAAGGAGAAAAGCAAAGUGAACAAACUGGACAUAUUAGUUUGGGUCCUCAUAUUGGCGACAAACUCAAAUGGUACUUUAAAGUAGAUUCCAACCUUAGUCUAUUUUCAUCUUCUCUUCUCUUCAGUAUAGUUGUAGUUUACAGGAAAAUCAUAAAUUGCUCACAAUAAUAAAAAUAUAUAUAUAAUUUUAAUUUCAUUUCAUAUGUAUUUUUAUUUUAAAGGUGCCUGUAUCUAUCAUUAACAAAUACUCUAAAAUGCUGACAGUCCACAAUUAUCGAAGGAAAUUAAAGCACAUAUUUCUGAAAUUAGCUGAAUUAUGGUUGGGGAUACUAUGUUCCGGUAACUGAGUUGUAUCUUUUUAAUACUUCUUAGAUGUUUUUGUUUAUGGUGCUCUUUUUUAUCUUAUAUAGUGUUAUAAUAAACUUUAUAUACAUAUUACUUGUUUUCCUUUUGUAGAAUUGCAUGUCACUGAGACAACAUUUCACCUCUUAAAAAUGACUAAAAUAUUUAUGUAAUAUCAUACAAUGAGUGCAAAACAGAUUUUGCUAAAUAUAUAACUAUAAUUGUUUAUGCUGUACGUUACUGCAUUACACAAAACUUGUUAAUUAAUAAUAAUAAUGUUUAUUGCAUGUUUGAUUUUAUAAGAAUUCAUAUAAGAAUCCCAUAUGUGAAUUAAUACCUCUUUUGGAUAAUUUUAUAAUUAAAUAUGCAAAUGAUUAUUGAACCUUUUUUUUUUUCAUAUUCUGCUUUGUACUUCGAAAACUGUAUUGUAACUGUCCUGUUUUGUAUAUUUUGUGAACAUCACAUGUCAGUGCCGUAGUUAAAAGAGGAAUUAUUGAUAGCCCAGGUGCCAAUAAUGAAGGGCGUUUCGACGAUAAGAUAUUUUUGUUUUAUUUCAUUUUUGUCUUUCUUUAAAGUGAAGUGACCAGGGUGUUUUCUGGAAUGCUCUGUCCUGAACAUUCCAGGAAACAGAAGCGUGAAAUAGAAUGAUUGAAAUUUCAAAAUAAUAAUAACAAAUAAAUAAAGUUGAAAUUCAGCAAAAACUAUAAAUAGUUAUUUAAUUUAUAUAAAGAAAAGAAGGGGAAUAUAUAGAAAUAAAAAUAAUAUUAUUUUUUAUUAAAGUUAUAUUAAUAUUCAGAAGGGGGGGCGGCGGUUCAUUCGUAGAAUGUUAUAGAAUACAUAUAUUUUUGCAUUUUUUUUUCUUUUUUAUAUUAACUUUUUAUACCUGUAUUUUCAAAUUUUUUUUCACUCAUUAAAUAAAUACUAAUGGAAUAAUUAUAUAUCUGCAUCAGUUAAAAAUCAAAAGUGAAUUGUACAUUCUUUAAAAAGAAUAAAACAAAAACCUUCUAACUUAGAAGUUUAUCAAAUAAUUUUAAUAAAAUCUUGUAGAUAAAAAAUUAUAUUACCUCUUUCCUGAAUUAAGAAAAUUAACUGUAACUGUAUUUUUAUUCGGUCUCCGAAUAGCGGAAUUAAAUAACUAAUUUCUUUUUCUUUUUAUAAUAUGAUUAAAGCAGCUGUAAAAACUUUUUUUAACGAACAGAUUUCUUAUUAUAUAUUUCAAGAACUACAGACCAAAUUGUGAAAUUACUAUACUUAAUUUGAACAAUAAAUGCAAUUCAGUUUUUGAUUUAUGAGGUUUCUCGUAAGAAAAUUUCACAAAACUUGAGAAUUUCAGAAAAUAACAUUUAAAAACUUAAAUGUAGGAUUAAAAUAUUAAAUUCCGGAGAAAUUCCGUAUAUUAAAAUAUAAAUAUCCGUUAGAAUUAUCAUGCAAACAAAUUUCAAAUGAUUACGUAAAAAAAUAAAUUAAAAAAAACAUUCAGAAAUUAAAAGUGUGAAGGGAAAAAAAACAUCUUUUCAACUUAGUCAUCUACUUUAAAGUCAUAUCAUCCCUAUUAGCAUAUUGGAGUAACUGGAUUCUUAGUUAAGUUCCCAAAGAAAAAAAUUUCAGAUUAGUAGCGUGAGAGGGAAAAGUGAGGUAUAGAUGCUCCAGGCGCAAGUAACAAAGGGUGUUAUAAUGGCAAAAUGUUAGUGCUUUCUUUCCUCUUUUUAGAAUAAAACACGAUAAAAGAGCGAGAAAAUAGCAACAUGCCCCUGGCGGCCUUUUGAUGCGAUAUCACUGAGAAUUCAAGAAAGAAAAAUUAUAUAUAUAUAUGAAAAAUCCGUGGUAUUUAACCCUUUAAAGGGCCUUUUUUUCUAGUCAUAUUAUGUUAAAAUAUUUUUAGGCUUGAAAUUAGAAUAAGAAAAGGGAUUCAUUUAGCUUAUUAGAUAAAUUUAAUUUGAUUCAUUAAUUAAUUAGGUUCAUUAAUAAUUAAGUAACAAAUCAAGACACAUCAUUUUGUGUAAGAUAAAGAACUGAAGCCUCUAAGUUUCUGUCUUUCUAAAAAAAUUGUCGGAACUGAUGCCAACCUACAUAAAUUCAUACAAAGAUUGAUAAAUUUGGUGGGAAGCAUAUUUCCCACGGCCCUAGAAAGGGUUAAUACGAAUUCAGGAAAGAAGCGGAAUCGGGGCUUGUUAAGGCUAAUUUGGUCACUUCACCUAAAGCAUUUAAAGGGCAUCUGACUUCUUCUAAUUAUUUUAUUUUUCUAAAUGAAUUAAAAUUUUCAUUUUCAUCGUCUCUGUGGCACUGCUAUAUUAGAAGACCCAAAACACAGAAUCGAUUUGUCGUUCCAUUUUCUGUGCAGCUUAGAGUUAUCAAAAACCUAUUUUGUACAGAUGGAGGUGAUAUCAUGUAAAUACUAUUUUAAGAACGGUGCCAUUGUUUUUGAAAUUACUUUUACGAUGCGAGGGCUUUGCCUAGAAAUGUGAUGUAGUUCUCAAAUUGUGCACGUGGUAAAAAAAAAAAAGAAGAAACGAAUAAAUUUUUGAGAGUAAUAAUACUUUGUACAUACAAAUUCACUCCAGUAAAAGAUUCCGUUAAGCACCUGAGCGUCACACAGCUUCAAAGCCUUUCAUGAGAGAGUAGAUAUACAACUAUAGUUUUUAGAUCUGUUUGUUCAUUUACCGUGAUUAUUACGAAGUUAUAUUUCAAUGUUGACUCUUGAUUACUAUAUUUGCUAAUUUGUUCACAUAAAGAUGCAGCUGGAGGAGGAUGUUUCUUCGCAUGCCUUCGAAAGUUGCGUGGGUUGUACAUUUUAGUCUUUUUUGAAUAAAAUACUUUUGUUAAA